UAUGUAUAUUCACUUCAACAUUUUUUUUUUGCAUGUUAGAGAAGAUGAUGGCAUCCUCUUAUUACUGCACUUGUUCAUUUUUGCUCAUCACCUUCAGCUUACUCCUAAUUGUUUGCGAAGCACAAAAUGUUCGCCGCCUUCUACCUGAAGAAGAAAAGAAUGCUCUGAGAGAAAUAGGGGAGCAGUUAGGGAAAACUGAUUGGGAUUUUGAUGUGAAUCCUUGUGAUGAAAGCACGAGCUGGACUACACCAGGAACGGAUGAUUUGUCAGUGUAUGUGAGCAAUGUAACCUGCAAUUGCGAUACCCCUAAUGGUUCCUGUCAUGUACAAAGCAUAUUACUCAAAGGACAAGAUCUUGCUGGUGUUCUUCCUCCAUCCCUGGUGAAGUUACCAAAUCUCACCAAAAUUGAUCUCUCAUGCAACUAUUUGAGUGGUACAAUUCCCCCUCAAUGGACAUAUAUGAAACUGGAAUAUAUGUCUCUUAUGCUGAAUCAACUAUCCGGACCAAUUCCAAAGUACUUAGGAAACAUGACUUCACUAGUUUAUAUGAGAUUGGAAAGUAACAUGUUUAAUGGAACUGUUCCAAAAGAACUCGGAGACAUGGUUAAGCUACAAGUUCUCAUUCUUAGUUUUAAUAAUCUCACAGGUCAGUUACCAGAGGAACUCAAUAAACUCACUACUUUGAAAGAACUUAGGCUGAGAGGUAACAACUUCACAGGAAAACUUCCUAGCUUUGAGAGUUUUAAAACCCUUCAAAGAUUAGAGAUUCAAGCUUCUGGUUUUAAAGGACCUAUAGCUCCAGUCAUUUCUGUCUCGACUCAAAUGAUCGAAUUGAGAAUCACUGAUUUGACUGGAGGUGCUUCAGAAUUUCCACUGCUUGGGAAUAUGACACGCCUAACUAGAUUGAUAUUGAGGAACUGUAAUUUAUCUGGGAAGAUUCCUCCUUACAUAACUAAUAUGCCUAAAUUAAAACUUCUAGAUCUAAGUUUCAACAGCUUUGAAGGACCGAUCCCAAAUCUUGAGAGUCUGAAGAAGUUGGACUUCUUGUACCUGGUAGGAAAUAGACUUACUGGGCCAAUUCCAGAUUGGGUCAAAAGUCGAAAUUCCAAACACAUGAUAGACCUGUCUUACAACAACUUCAGUGAGAGCUCUGAGCCUAUUUGUCAGGAAACCCUAAACUUAUUCAGAAGCUAUAAUGGAAUGAAAAAUUCAGAACUUGGGAAAUGUGUGCCAAGAUGUUCAAAGAAAUGGUAUUCGGUGCACAUAAAUUGUGGUGGAGAGAGUGUGACUAUUGGGGACACCGUUUAUGAAGCAGAUAGAGAUUCAGCAGGUGCAGCAAAAUUUACUUCCUCGAAAGAGAGCUGGGGAGCCAGCAACAGUGGAUACUUCUGGGAUAAGUCCAUAACAGCAAAAGACUACCUGGCGAAUAAUAUAUCUUCCAUUAAGGGAAAUGACUCUGAACUGUACACGACAGCUCGGCUCUCAGCUUUAUCUCUGACUUACUACGGACGUUGUUUAGCAAAUGGAAACUACACCGUGACACUGCACUUUGCAGAGAUUGUUAUAAGAGACAAUCGAUCUUUCCAAAGUCUUGGAAAACGGAUAUUUGAUGUCUAUAUUCAGGGUGAGAGGAAGCUCAAAGAUUUUGAUAUUAGAACUGAUGCUGGAGGAGUUGAUAAACCUUUCACGAUAAAGUUCAAUGCAACUGUAGCAGACAGCACUCUAGAAGUGCGCUUUCAGUAUGCUGGGAAAGGAACAGCUGUUCUCCCUAGAAGAGGAAGCUAUGGCCCUUCAGUUUCUGCCAUCUCUUUUGACGCUAAUUUCAAGCCCCCUCCUGAUCACAAAAAGUUGGUUCCCAUCAUAGCUGGAGCAGUGGUGUCCUUAUUAAUUCUCAUUUUCAUAAUAUCUUUUGUUGCUUGGAAGAGACACAAAAACAAGAUAGCGAAGGAAGAAGAAUCAAGAGGACUAGAUUCAAUGACUGGUGUAUUUACCAUCAGACAAAUCAAAGCUGCCACAAACAAUUUUGACGCUGCAAAUAAAAUCGGGGAAGGUGGUUUUGGCUCUGUCUACAAGGUUCAUCUCAAUCUUACCUCUAUCAAGCUUUCUACUUUAUUAGUUAUUGCUGUUAAGAAGCUUUCAUCCAAAUCGAAACAAGGGAAGCGUGAGUUUGUAAAUGAGAUAGGUAUGAUCUCUAGUUUACAGCACCCAAAUCUUGUACAACUAUAUGGAUGUUGUGCUGAACGGAAUAACCUGCUACUGGUGUACGAGUACAUGGAGAACAAUAGCCUGGCUCGUGCUUUAUUUGGUCCAGAAGAACAUCGGCUCAAAAUAAACUGGCCAACCAGGCAAAAAAUCUGCAUUGGGAUAGCAAAAGGCUUAUCUUUCCUACAUGAAGAAUCGUCAUUAAAAAUUGUUCAUAGGGACAUCAAAGCAACGAAUGUACUUCUUGACAAGAAACUAAACCCGAAAAUCUCAGACUUUGGUCUCGCCAGACUUGAUGAUGAUGAUAAUAACACACAUAUUACCACUAGAGUUGCCGGAACCAUAGGAUAUAUGGCUCCUGAAUAUGCACUAUGGGGUUACUUGACCUACAAAGCAGAUGUCUACAGUUUUGGAGUUCUUGCAUUAGAGAUUGCUGCUGGGAAAAGCAAUAUGACAUAUCGCCCCAAUGAGAAAUUUGUCUGCCUCCUAGAUUGGGCUCUUGUUCUACAAAGGCAAGGAAAACUGAAGGAAGUAGUAGAUGCAACAUUGGGCAGUGAUUUGAACGAGGAUGAGGCUCUAAGGAUGUUAAAUGUAGCUUUGCUAUGUACCAGUCCAUCUCCAGCACUUAGGCCAACUAUGUCUGCUGUAGUCAAAAUUCUUGAAAAUCAUCUUGACCUCCCUGAGUUUACCAUGGAAUCAAGAUUCUAUGAUGAUUAUGAUCUUCUCAACUUUCAAGGGUUAAGAGACAAGUAUGAAGAUACGAACGAAAGCCAACCACUUACACAUUCAUCAAAUACUAUUACAACUACAGAUUGCUCUUACACUACCUCUACAUCAGCUUAAAUUCACACUAUAAAUGUUUUCGAGACAAUAUUUUCUUGGUGGUUUAUCAAACAUAAGAUAUUUGUGUGCAACUAUUGUAAUUAUGAGGUGGCUUGUACUGAGCAUCCAUUGCCAACUAUAUAUAACAUUUAGGACUGUUUGGUUUG